ACACAUGUACAGUACACAUCCGUUUGCAGGGAGGGCAGGGUUUGAAUACCGCGAAGAAAAGUUGCAUAUGUAGGAGUGGAUAAAACUCAACUUGUUUACAGUGUACUUUCACAAGAAUACCAAGGUUGAUUAUGUUUUAUCUCUGUACAGCUGGAAGAACAAUGCGUGUUUUUAGCAGAGAGGGGGGAUGUUUCCACCUAUAUACUUCCUAAGUGAUUAAAUCGCCUGGUAAACAGCGCGUUAUAUUCCUCAUGGGUUAAUAGUCUUGAAGACAAGUAAUCUCACUAUUAUCGACAAUCUCGCAAACUGUCUUUUUCUUAUUUUUUCUCCUCUCUUGAGUGUCGCGGAAUAUAGAAUAGAUACAGCCCUUGUAACUGCCGGCCUAAAUCAAUGUUCACAAUGUGACCAAAGAAACCACAUCGCACAGCAGUCAAAUUUUUGUGUUCAAAAUUCUUUUCCUAUCGAUCUAAAAAUCUACGAUAUACGCCAAACGAUUCUCCUAAACCAAAGGGAGAGAGAAAGAGAGAGAGAGAGAGUGCGAUGUACGGCAAAAUAACGAUGUGUGGUAGAUCAGUGUUAAUCUCCAAUACUGAAACACUGAUUUUAUAAUAUACAAUCGCUAAUGAUUUACAAAGUGCACAAGUUUCCCCGCUUGCACUGCAUGUGUGAUUCACGAGCUUGUAUUUCCGUCUCGUAAGGAGAACCUUCCGCUCGGCCGACUUUUCCAGUUUCAGUCGAAAAAGGGAGCUAGGCGUGAUUUCUGUCGGGAGUCUCAAAAACAUCACUAUGGGUGGAUUUUAUUUAGCGGUUAUCUUCAUCUGUUUACUCCAGUGCGUGUUUUCACAGCGAAUGUUCAACAUCAGUGGAGCCACAGCUGGGGAGAGCAAUAUAUGUGGUGAGGGGGUAACGCUGGCUCCGCGGUCCACCGAAAAUGUCACUCUAGUUUCAAAGGGCCGCCUUCCUGGUGGUUUCUGCGAGGUCACAGUAGUGAUUAACAAUUCCGGGCGAUGUAAACGAGAGAUCUGCAUCCAGGGGGCAGGAACUUUGGACAAUACUGGGCUGCUAUUCCAUUUUACACCCUCUCCAAGCAAUGUAAAGUCCGAGUACCGAGGCCCAGUAUAUCAAGAAUUGAAAAAUGGGAAGUGUUUUGAUGGCUAUUUGCUGUUUAUGAACAUAUCAGAACCAGCUUCUGUCGGCCACAAUUUUGACUUUCAACUGUUUCUUCGUCCAUCUUGUAAUGAUAGUAACAGCGUGGAACAGAUUGCACUGUCUGAUGCAGACAGCCUAGCUAUAAAUAAGAAGGACGAGCUAGAACGGGCCUGGUUACUGACGACAGUGUAUGGAGCUGUUACCGGGGUGUGCCUCGCUAUUUGCUUUCUGAUCCUCCUCCUCAUCACCUACUGCUACUACAAAGCCUAUCCCUAUGGCAACAAGAAACGUGAGCCUGCUACUUCAAGUGUCAAAAGACAAGUUACUACAGAAGUAAGGGAUGGAAACGCAGAGGAAAUGAAAUUACUGGAGCGUAACGAGCCUGGUCGUGAUUCCCUGGGCAUGGGUGUGUCUGAUGGUGAUGUCAUAGACCUGGAGGAGGGCACCACUCAAAAGGAAGUGGAACCAGACAAAGAAGCAGAGGACCAAGUUACAGUUGAGGAUGAAAGUAAGAAAGAGAAAGUGGAGGAAAGUGGAGAAAAUGUGGAUCAGAAGACCGGAAAUGACUUUGUGAAUGUUGACCUGAAAGCACCUGGAGCUGACUCAGCUUUGUUAGACUCAGAUUAAUUUAGUGUUGUUUUCGUUAGCUAGACUUAAUCAAUUUCUGCUGUAAUAUGUGAAGACUAUCAUAUACAGACAGACAUCCAGCCAGUGUAUACAUGUAAGCAUAUAGCCUGAGUACCUGUUAGAUAAUCAGCAUAAAUGUUGUCAUGAUUGCGAUGGUGAAAUUUGUAUGCAUGUUGAUUUGGAAAUAGAUAAAUUGAGUGUAAUAAAAGAAAUAAAGGAUUUUUUAUAGUA